AUGACUUGGGUUCUCCUCUGGUUCUUAUACUCAUUUGUUCAAUGCGAUGACGAAAAAUUAGAUACCCAUUUUGUUGGAGUUCAUCGUAUUCCCGAAUCUGUCUUUCCAGAAAUGCAUUUUGAGGAUCGGCUUCAUAUGUAUUUCAAAAAAAUUGAUACUAAUAGCAAUGGAUUCAUUGAAGACGAUGAAUUAGCAUCAUGGAUCUAUAAAACUUAUGAAUCUUUGGAUCGUGAGCAUGCUGAAAAACAACUUACAAGAUUUGAUGUGAAUGAAGACGGAAAAGUUUCGUUCGAAGAGUAUAUAAAUCAAACGUAUGAAACUUCUGAAGAGGAAUUAAGACAUUCAAAAGACGACAAAUCGUCAAAAUUUAUUUUAGAAUUAUUAAAAGAUGAACGAUUACGUUUCAACUUUGCUGAUAAAGAUAAUGAUGGUUUAUUAUCACUAGAAGAAUUCACUUUAUUCUUACGACCUGAAAAUUAUGAAGAUAUGGCAAAUUAUGAAUUGCAAAAAAGUUUUUCCAGUUUUGAUCAAAAUGGUGAUGGUAUAAUUACGAAAGAUGAGUUUACAAAUUUUUCCUAUCGAGGUGUAUCACAAGAGAAUUAUUUACAUGAACAAUUCAGUAAUCUUGACGUUGAUAAAAAUGACAUACUCGUUCUGGAUGAAUUACGGCCAUGGUUAUUGCCUUCUUUAAAAGUGGCUGCAAAAUCAGAAGCAACACGAUUAAUGAAUCUCACAGAUUCUAAUCAUGAUGGUAAACUUACAUUAGAAGAAAUUUUGGCUAAAUCACAUUCAUGGAAAGAUAGUCAAGUUGUUAAACAUGCGCGGUCAUUAUGGGAUGAAUUGUAGAGCUUUGGAUAACAGAAUAAUCGCUAAAGACGAUCAGAUUGAAGCAGGUGUAAAAUGAGUUUCUGUCCCAACUUCAAUAUAACAAGUACAGUUAUCAUUACUGCACAGUGCUAAUCAUCUGUAAAUUUAAGUUGUGAGUUGCUUAAAUAGUGUAAAGUAUGCAAAUUUUCUUUAUAAUAAUACACGUGAACCAUCUGCACAUGUACUUUAGAAAAUAAUGUUCAAUAAAUCCUUAUUCAUCUGAUGUGAUGAGGAAUUUGGUAUUUUUUAGAACAUGGUAUUCCGAUUAAAACAAUGAUAUAAUUCUGUAAUAGUUAUUCAUAUUCAUUGAAACUAAGUCUUAUUUAAUGUAAUUUUUUAGAUAGUCUGCUUUUCAAAGUUUCUAAAUGAAAAAAGUGGAUUCAUUUAAUAUUUUCUUCAAACAUUUUACUGUUUCUGUUAAUUAUAGGUAAAUAAUAACAAAUAAUAAGAUAUGUGACGCAUGUCUGUCUUAACUAAACAUCAAAAUGAAAUUUAAUAAAAUAUAAUAAUAAUAAUAUGUAGGUCAUUCUUUAAACAUUAUGGGCCGAAUUAUAUUGACAGUUGUUAGGUCAAAUAAUUUAGAAGUAUACCUGUUUUUUAAGAUGUUUACAAAUUAGCCAAUUUCCACAGGAAUUUGCUAUACCGGAGGUGAGAUUAAAUUUCUAUGGACUCAUCAAUUCUCUAGAGAUUUUAAUUACAGAUUUUAGACGAGUGUCAAAACGACGUUAAAUGUAGACCUGAAAUCCUGACUAAACUAAUGAAUUAUUGUUACGAGAUUAUGAAAAAUUGGUGAAGGCAUUAUGAAUUCCAUUGACAAAAGAAAACUUAUUUCAAAUUUUGAUGUACAUUACCGGUAAGAGUACUAUACUAUUCUGUAGAAUUUAAGUUUUAUGUAGAAAUCUGUUUCAAGUUAUUCGUCGAUAAAUAUAAAAGAAAUGAAUUGUAUUUUAGCUCACUAUACAAUUCGACGUCAAAACUGAUAUUGUAGGAAUUCAUUAAGCUACUGAUUAUAUUUGUUUAUCUAUACAUCAUUUAAUAUAUGUUGCAGAUGUCUAAUUAUCGCUUAUUUCAGUAAAGGGCUAAUUACGGAAAAGAAAUGUCUGAUAAAAUUAACUAAAGUAUUAAGAGGUGAAAGCUGCUUUAAAACUUGACCUUAACUAUAAAUAUUAAAUUUACAGUUUCAAACAGAUUUUAUAACAUAUAUAUUUAAAACACGUAUGUAUCAAUACACAUGCACUUCAUAGUGAUCAAUGUUGGAAAUUUAAAACACAUUGUACACUGAAAACCAUUUGCUGCUUCGCCAUUCGCUACAGAUUUUCCGUAUUUUUAUUUUAGCAACCCAUUAAUGGAGUUUUCUAUCUGGAACAGAUUCACCAAAGGUUCUCUUGCACUUUAGAACUGAGUAAGAAUUCCUCACAACUAUACCAUUUACUUAUCAAGUAACUCGGAUUAUAUAUUCAUUU